GUUAUGCGCUGAGAAAAUUUUUCUCUCUGAUAGUUGAUCGGUUUUCUUUGAACUUUUUGAUUGUGAAUUUAAUUUGAUUUAAUUGUUUUCUUUUCUAAUUAACUGGUUAUCUUUUUUAAUCAUGGCUCGUCGUUAUGAUACCAGAACAACUAUUUUCUCACCUGAAGGGAGACUUUACCAGGUUGAAUAUGCAAUGGAAGCUAUUGGUCAUGCUGGUACCUGUCUUGGUAUCUUGGCUUCAGAUGGAAUAGUUUUAGCUGCUGAAAGGAGAAAUACUAAUAAAUUGCUUGAUGAAGCUUUUUCUGCUGAGAAAAUUUACAAGCUUCAUGAUGAUAUGGCUUGUAGUGUUGCCGGUAUUACUUCUGAUGCUAACGUUCUUACCAAUGAACUUCGUCAGAUUGCUCAGCGAUAUCUUUUACAAUUCGGAGAAAGCAUACCCUGUGAGAGAUUAGUUAGUCAUCUUUGUGAUAUCAAACAAGCGUACACUCAGUAUGGUGGUAAACGACCAUUUGGUGUUUCUAUCCUUUACAUGGGAUGGGAUCGUCAUCAUGGAUUCCAAUUAUACCAAUCUGAUCCAAGUGGAAAUUAUGGCGGAUGGAAAGCUACAUGCAUUGGUAAUAACAGUGCCGCUGCAGUGUCCAUGUUGAAACAAGAUUAUAAAGAAGGACAAACCAAUCUUGAUCAAGCCUUAGCUCUUGCUGUUAAAGUUCUUAGCAAAACUCUAGAUAUGAACAAGUUAACUACAGAUAAAUUGGAAAUUGCUACUUUAACCCGUGUCAACAAUGGAACUAAAAUUCGUGUUCUAACACACGCAGAAGUGGAAAAAUUAAUCAAGGCAUUCGAAGUGGAGGAAGAAGCUCGAAUUAAAAAAGAGAAAGAAGAAAAAGAGAGAAAACAACAUGCUGAAAAAGAAAAAUCCAAGUGAUGAUUUUUUAUUUCUACCGAUAAACAUUACAAAAAUUCAAUACACAAAAAAAUAAAUACUCUUCCAGAGUAAUUACUUUAUAACAAUUAAAAGAGGAUGAAACUUUUGUUAUAAAUUAAAGGAGAAACAAAAAGUUCUAACGACUAUUUCGGAUUCUAUAA